AUGGAUACAGUUUCUGUUGUUAAUGCUGCGAACGUCUCUGCUCAAGUCAGCAACAUCCCAAUGCUGAGCGGGACGAACUUUAAAGUUUGGAAAGAAGCCGUGGAAAUUGUCCUCGGCUGUAUGGAUUUGGAUCUUGCACUUCGUUCAGAUCGACCCGCUUCUACUCCGGAAAACCCAGAUGAAGGUAAAAUUGAAAAGUGGGAUUGCUCUGACCGGAUGUGCUUGAUGAUCAUGAAACGUUCCAUUCCGGAAGCGUUUCGGGGCUCUAUUACUGAGAGCGGGAGUGCCAAGAAGUUCCUUGAAGAAAUUGAGCAAUGUUUUGCCAAGAAUGAAAAAUCGGAGGCGAGUAACCUUUUGGCUAAACUCGUUUCCAUGAAGUAUAAGGGCAAAGGGAACAUAAGGGAGUACAUCAUGGAGAUGUCUCAUCUCGCAUCAAAACUCAAGUCGCUUAAGUUGGAGCUAUCUGAUGACUUGCUCAAGGACAAAUGGUCCCUAAAUGAGCUUAUAUCUCACUGUGUGCAAGAAGAAGAGAGGCAACAGCGUGAUAAGACUGAGAGUGCUCACUUGGCCUCAACCUCUCAGAACAAGAAAAAGAAGAGAGCUAAGGAUGCUGUGGAAGAAACUUCUCAGCAGAAGAAGCAAAAGAAGUAG